AUGAAGGCUUUGUUCCCUGCAGUGAGCUCCACAGGGGUGUUACUGGAGUGCCUACAUCCUGGCAUCACUGCUGACAGUGGCGAGGGGAUGGAGCGAGUGCUACUGGAGACCGUAGCAGCCACGCCACUGCGGAAGAAGUGGGAUACUGGGCGGAAUUGGCGGGAGGUCUCCUACCGGACCAGCUCCACCACGUCGAAAGUCUCCUUUAAGAUCACGCUGACGUCGGACCCGCGGCUGCCUUACAAAGUACUUAGUGUUCCUGAAAGUACACCUUUCACAGCAGUCUUAAAGUUUGCAGCAGAAGAAUUUAAAGUUCCUGCAGCACCAAGUGCAAUUAUUACCAAUGAUGGAAUAGGAAUCAAUCCUGUGCAGAUUGCUGGAAAUGUUUUCCUAAAGCACGGUUCUGAACUGCAAAUUAUUCCUAGAGAUCGUGUUGGAAGUUGUUAAUACCUGCUACUUGGAACAUAGGA